AUGGACACCUCAUCAAGUGGGCGAGGGGUGAGGAACGUCGUGCGGACGCCCUCGCCACAACAACAGCAAGGCUUGAAGGGUCGAGUGAGCAGCCGAACCAGCCCCACUGCGGCUGGUGGCGGCCGCAGCACACCCACCGCUACGAGCUCAUCUGCAGCGAAGAAGGGAGGCGCCCUUGCGCCGCCAGCUGCGACGGGGCGUCGUUCGCCUGCCUCCUCCGUAUCGCCCACCGCUGCUGCCUCAUAUGGCGCUAAAAAUCUCCAGACAUCGACACAUUCUCAAUCGCUCAAGCCCUCUUCGAGGACGCCCCCUCAAAUUCAAAAAUCAGGACAACACAAGCUCACUCCCUCACGGUCGCCAGCAACAGUCCCGUCGUUAGUCUCGCCUUCUUCUUCCUCCUCUUCCAAAAAAUACCUCUUCGGAUGGAACAACGCCCUGCAGGGCCAGAUGCGGCCCCAGUCACGCAGAGGGCACUCGUGCGUGAGAUAUGACAACUUCAUGAUCGUCUACGGCGGCUACAGAGGUCGGCCCCUGUCAGACAUGUGGGUGCUUGAUACAGUCUCUGUGCGAUGGUCGCGCUUUCAGACGCCGACGAGCGCCCACGGUGGCAAGCAUCCCGGUCAGCGCACCGGCCAUGCGUCCGUCAUCAUAGGAGACAAGAUGUGGUUGUUUGGUGGCGAGACAGAAAACCACAAAUGCGUGAACGACCUCUGGGUCUUCGAUCUCGGCUUGAAGAAGUGGGAAGAGAUCAUCACAGCGGGCAGCUUGCCCUCUCCCCGCUACGGCCACACGGCAGUGGCCUUUGGCACUUCGAUUCUGCUGUUCGGUGGCGCUGACCGCUCAUCCGAGUGCUUUCAUGACCUGUGGUGCUUCGACACGACCAACUACAGUUGGACUCGCAUAAGUACUGAGCCCAAGCCAUCGCCACGGCAUGGCCACACAAUGACGACGGUGUCGUCAUCCAAGAUCCUUGUCUUCGGUGGCUAUGGCCCUGGCGGACGCCUCAACGACAUCUGGCAACUCGACCCCUUCACGCUUCAGUGGUCGCCGUUCGAGGUUGUAGGGGAGGUGCCGGCGCGUAGGGCCUACCACUCCGCCGUGGCCAUGCGCUUCAAGCUGCUGGUGUUCGGCGGCCAGGGCGCCGCUUCCAUGGGCGACCUGUGGCAAUUCUCUCCCGGGAGUGCGACCUGGACGAAGUUGAAUUCCUCGCGGUCGACAGAUAAGGUGUCCAUCAUGGAGAACGUGGUGGGACCUGCCGGACGCUAUGGUCACAGCGGCGAGGUCUUCGGUAGUGACAAGAUGUUCAUUUUUGGUGGCGUUGGCGACGCCUCGGUCUAUCGCGACGACCUCUGGUUCCUCUACGUCGAUUUGUCGCUCCCGGAGCCGCUGGAGAUGGAGAUGCACGGCGCGUCGGCCGGGCUGGACAUCUCGCUACCGCCCAUCGACUCCUUCUCCCUCCCCUCGUCCAUCCCGCACCUCGACGACUCGUCGCACACCCUCGCGACCACCACUCACAAUAACAGUGGCCACGACAGCGUCGCUGUCGCUCGACGAAAACGUGAGAACGACGACGACCACCAGAAUGCCACCGACAGCGCUGAAGAUUUCUACGCCAGCAACGGCACGACAACCAAUUAUGACAACGGCGGUGAGAGCUUCUCCAACAUCGAGCCGGCCACGGAACUGGACGACGGCGGUGUGUCGGCGGCCAUGGAUUCCAUGGCCGAUCUGCAGGGCAUGCGCGACGAGCUGGCAAUGCAGCUCGACAAGGUGUCGACCGACUCGCGCCGCUUCCUGCUCGACGAGACCCGCCGCACGCGCGCGCUGGCCACCCACACGCGGCGGCACCUGUGGGACACAUUCACGGCCGGGCUCAACAUCGUGGGCUUCCAGCCGACCCCCGACGACGCCGAUGACGACCCGCUGACCGAUGGUGACGUCACGCGCCUGCUCAAGGAGGCCCGCAUUCUGGUUGACGACGACAAGGAGCUCAACGAGAACGACGUCAUUCUCACCUCCUACUACGCCGCCUCGUUCGAGAAGAAGCUCAAGCGGUUCGACCUGCGGCUGCGCGAAGUCGAGCGGCGCGUCGUCGAGCAGGAGCGCGAGAUCGAGCGGCAGCGGGCCGUCACCGACAGCCGCACCGAGGAGGUGGUGGCCUACUUCGAGGCCAAGCUCGAGCACGAGGUCAAGGCCGCCGAGGCCCGUACGCUCGACGCGCUCGCCGAGCACCGGCGGCUGAUCGACGAGGCCGCGGCCCGGCAGAGCGAGCAGUUCAUGCGCGAGCUCGCCGAGCUGCGGUCCAGCGUCCACCACGUCGUGGCCGACAACGAAAAGGAAAAGGUACAACACGCCGACGACUACGACGGCAAGGAGGAGGAGCGGGAGGAGCGGGUGAAGAGGGUUGAGGCCGAGGUGGUGGCGCUGGCCGGCGAGCUCGAGCGGAUGCGGGCGCGGUGGGACGAGGCCGAGGCCGAGCGCGACGACGAGGAAGAAGCACGGCUGGCCGAGUUCGAGGUCAACCUCCAGCGCACCAUGGAGGGCGCCAAUGCGCUGGGCUCCCUCAUGGCCGAGUACUUCCACCAGAACGACGACAACGCCGGCGACCAGGUCUCCGCCGACGCUGCCGCUGACGACGCCGACGCCGAGGGCAGUGGUGCCCAGAGGGCGGAAGAAGAGGAGAGGGGAGAGGUGAGCGAGACCAACGCAGAAGAUGAAGAUCAAAGCAACGUUGAGCGAGGAGAGGUGAUGGCUGACGCCGGGGACAACGUGAACGUUGAUGAAAAGGAGGAGGACGAGGAGAACGAGGACGUUAAUGAGGACAACGACGAUGAUAAAGGAGACAACGACGGUCAGAAUCACGGGGGAGAGCAACAAGAUGACGAUGGCGGUGAAGAAGAAUCAGCGACCAUCGAAGAGGAAGAGCGAGAGACGGACAACCACUCACUCUGA